GUGAACGAAAUGUCAGUGAACGAAUUGUCGUGGAACCGAAAUGCUUCAUGUAUAUAACUGCCUAUGGGUUGUUCUGCGCAAGAUGUGAAUGUAACAUCAAAAUGUUUGUAAGGUUAAUAUAGUUAUUAAAAGAGCAGUGUUUCUAAACAUUUUCCCAAGUGUCCAAUAAGAAGACGACUUUUCAUUUCCAAGCAGCCCUUCUCCCUACCCCCCCCUCUCCUAUUGCUUCUUUCAUCAAGGACGCAAAUGUGUAUUCUUAAAAAUAUUUAUUCAACUAUUCUAAGUUCUAGCAACGCCCGUCGGUCCACCUCUGGUAGUCAUACACUAUGUUAAGAAACGCUGGUCUAGUGCCAAUUAAAACCCAAAGAUGAACUUAUUCAGUAUUAAGAUUAACAGAAUUUUUUCUAUUGAUUCAGAUUGUGGUGAAAGCAUCAGCGUCGAUCUAAAUACAACUUAUAAUGCAGUGAUCGAGUUGAAUCUAAUGAUGCUUACUUCCCAUAGAGACUAUGUCAAUCCUCAAAAAACUCCGUGCUCAUUAGAACUAACCUGCAAGAAAGCAUGCCAUCAAAGGAGAACCAUCACCAAGUUGUUCUGCCAGUGUGACACAUUAUGUUGGUUUUAUGGGGACUGCUGCGCUGACUACUACACCAGUUGUCUGGGAGUAGAUCUGGCCGCGCCUGCGUUGAACAUUUUAGAAGUCAUUUUGUCACAAAUGAAAUCGUAUGACGAAUUCCUGCGUUUCUACGAGGCUUUAAGAUGGAGGCGACUCUCUUCGUGCCAGAAGGUUAAUGACAAUAACCUUCAGAUGGUCAGGACAUGCAGCAAAGAUCCUAAAGUGCAGUCCAAGUUUGAGAGGCUUCAUCAGAAGCUAAACCACGAAACAAAUGAAAGGGAAUUUGUUGGCAUAUCAACCAAGGAUAUAGUUGAUCAAUGUGAGAAUCUCGCUUUGAACGACACUGUUCCAACUUUACCAGCGAGUCUAAAGGGAGACUUCUCCAUCCACUUCUAUAAUGUGUUUUGUGCCCUAUGUAAUGGAGUUCAUCCUCGUGCGAUCGAAAUGUGGAAAGUUUCCAUUGAGCAAAAGAAAGAAAGCGCUCAAGCCACAAAACUAAGAAAAGAAAACAUCUCUAUAUUUUCUUCAUUGAGCUGGAGGUGGUGCACGCAGUAUGAGGACCAGAUGAUGAGCCGUGAAGAUAAGGCUGCAAACCAGACUGCACAAAGAGAAAGUGGAUCACUUCAAAAAGAUCUCAUGAACUCUCUUAGCACCACCCAUUCCAAUAGUACCACAUGCAAGCCUAAAACACUAUCAGAGAUCAUUCUCUGUCAGCGUUACAAACGUCCAUAUGUGACCAAUGAAGAUGGCAUCAUUCUGAAGAAUUUACACUGCACAUUAUGUAACGAAGAAACUGGAAUAAUUUCAUGCUCAACCAGACAUUGUAUGUGUCCAGACGUUUACUCUGUAUAUGCUAAUUGGGAAGUAAAGCCGACUUUUGAACCAGAUGUUAUUAAUUUGCCAAACUUCCAAUUCUUAUUUUACUUUCGUGAUCCAACAAUAACGAAGAUAGUCGAGGAACAAAUGAACUUCAUAGAAACCAAAGACUGUCCAGCAAACCAAGUGUUCGCACCGUUUUACGGGAAAUGUGUGGAUGUCGUUGGUGCCAAAGGUGAGGGCAUAAAUCUAUUACGCGGCCAGCGUUUCGUCACUCGGACAUUUGUGAGCGAGGAGGAGGAUGAAAAAUAUAUGCCCUUCCCACUAGGAUCCAAAACAGUUUCUCUAGCUUUCAUCUUUCAACCAGUAAUAGAUGGGAGUUUGGGAAACAUGUCGCCAGAAGUCAAAAGUCAAACUAACGAAUAUGUAAGUCUGAAAGAUGUUAUAGAAAGCGCCCUGCAAACAGGUGAAGCCGUUCAUCCUAGAACCUUAGUCAAUGGUAUAUACUCAAUGUCAGAUGCAUCUUCAGCUCAUGUAGAUACGGUCAUAGAACAUUUUACUUCAAAAUGCGACAUGGAAAUUAACACAGAAGAAAUAGAGAACUCUUAUUUUUUAGCCAUGAGAUCCAUUUGGAAGACCCAAAUAUCCAGAGAUGGCGCACUGAACUACACGGAAAUGUUUUCUCAUUUGUUGACAAGCAUGCAUAACAUAAUAGACAAUAUGUCAGUGUCGGAAGACUGGAAAUAUUUCUUUCAAAUUGAAAGGUCGUGCUUACUUGAAACACGUCAAAGGUCGGAUACAAGAAGCAAACUUUGUGUCACUGUGACAUUUACAUUAAAUGAUACUAAGGACACUGACAAACUAAUUACCCGAGCAGAACAAGAGCUUGUAAUAAAAGUGAUAGAGUCUGCUCAUACCCACAACUUCAUCUUACAGAACGUAAGUGUUAACAACUUGGAACUGACGAACACGAAAGCUUUCGGUGAAAACGUCAAAAUACCAGUUGAACUGUGCACCAGUGGUGGAAGAAGACCCGAGAGCAGAUCUGUAAAUGUGACAGUCACAGACAAUGGCACCUACACAGUGCACUUCGAGGAGGACACAUUGCAGUUUCCUUUAAACCGCUUCGGGUUUUCGUUCAAUUUCUUUCUGGAAGAAAUCACUCAAGAGGCCCACCUUAUCAAAACGGCUGACAUCACAGUGUGUGUUAUUAACAUCUCUCUUUCUAACUGCUCGACUGUAUUCUACAACACUUCUAAUAUCCUACUCUACCAGGACCAUUUAAUCAUCACAAAACUUGUUGAGCAAUUGGUGCUAUUUCUUGAGAGAUUCAAAGCUAACAACACUAAGGUAGUAGAUCUAGUGCAGAUAUUUUCUGAGACUUACAACACGAGCAGUCUAGAAGUGUAUCAGCAAGGAACGUAUGUGGUCACACCAUCUGGGGUCUUCGUCUGCUCUGAUUACAGCAAUAGGUAUACUACCACCAAUGUAUCUUUAGUCAGCUAUAUUUACAACCUUAUACCACCGAAGUCAUUACCUGAAAAGAUAGCUUCCGUAAUGGCUUCUUCAGUAUCUAUUAUCUGUCUGCUCAUGGUGCUCGCCGUCUAUAUCCUAGUCAAGGAACUCAGAAACAUUCCUGGCCAAAUUGUUAUGUCUUUGUCUGCCGCCAUGCUCCUUGCGCAGGUCUUGUUCCUCUGCAGCGUAUACCCACAGGGCGUGGUGUGUCAGAUCUACGCCGCUGUCCAGCAUGGUGUUUUGUUGUCUUCAUUUGCCUGGCUGGCUGCUAUGGCUGUACACUUAGCUUUUGUACUGUGUAGGCCCUCGAAUAGUGAAUCAAGGUUCACCUUCUGUACACUAUCAGCUCUCUGCUGGGGCAUGCCAUGCCUGUUAGCUGGCUGCUGCUUCACACUAGACAAAGUAGGCAUCGUAGACAUGAAGUAUGGUGACAACGGACAAUGCUGGUUUGGCAACACGUUAGCAAAGGUCAUUGCUUUUGGCAUACCACUAUUUCUUUUGGUCUCCACUGCCAUUAUCAGCGCCAUCUUUAUUCUACACGCGAUCCAAAAGAGCUCAGUGUUUGUCAAGAAAGUAGCACAUGGCAGCCAACGUGCCCGAAGUCAACUUCUGCUCUGUGUUAACUUAUCUAUUCUAAUGGGUCUCAACUGGGUAGUCUAUCUGAUAGCUGUAGCAGUCGAAAGUUCAGCUCUAUGGACUUUAUUUAUCCUAACUAACGGCUCCCAGGGAUUAUUUGUAUUCACCUGCUUCGUGGCCAAGAAGUCCGUGAUCAGAAAAUUGACACAGAAGUGGCCCCUUUGCAAUUAUUGUGCCGACUCCAAAUGGGGUAGUACUUGGACAAAUACUAACAAAUAAAAUACAAAUUAUGCUUACAUAUUGCUUUUGUAUAUUUACAUUCUCAGACACUUCUUGUGAAAUUCUUAACCCAGUGGGUAAGACAAAUGAACACAAUGUUGAGUGUUUUAGUUUGAGAUUGAAAAGCACAAUAAAAGUUUCGA